UCCACAGCAGUGUAGCCACAGCUCAGCAGCAGUAUGAAGGUGCUGGUUAUCGCAUCGCUCCUGGUGGCCGCCGUCAGCGCCGGAGGCGGACACGGAGGCGGACACGGAGGCGGGCACGGAGGCGGGCUCGGAGGCGGACACGGAGGCGGGCACGGAGUCGGCUAUGGCGGCGACCACAGCGUGCCCACCUCCUACAAGUUCUCCUACGGCGUCGACGACCCGCACUACGGCCCCAAGUUCUCCCACAGCGAGAGCAACGACGGCAAGGCGGCCCAGGGCUACUACAGCGUGGCGCUGCCGGACGGCCGCACCCAGCACGUCAAGUACCACUCGGACCAGUACGGCUACGGCGGACACAACGCCGAGGUGACCUACUCGGGAUACGCCUCGCAUGGCGGAGGAAACGGCGGACACGGCGGAAACGACGGUGGAUACGGCGGCGGAAACGGCGGUGGGCACGGUGGAAACGGUGGACAGGGUGGUGGAUACGGUGGAAACGGCGGUGGAUACGGCAGCGGAUACUAAAGUCGUUGCACAGCUUCCUCUUGGCGUAGAGAAUGUCAUUAGCGAGCUCAUGGCGGGUUGUCGUGUUGUAUUUCAUGCAUGAAUGGCUCAGUUUUAGCUUGGAUACCGACUGCUGUUGCUCACAUCAUGGGUGGAA